CAUUGAAUAACUACUCUCUUGUAUGAAUUUCUACGUACACAUGGUUUUUAAGCAACAUGACAGCACUUUGAACUGGCAAUUCUACGUCCGCACUCCCCUCCCUCUCUCUCUCUCUCUUUCUCUCUCUCUAGAUGUCCGGCGUGUGGGUAUUCAACAACAAGGGCGUGGCUCGACUGAUCACCAACCCGACCCGCGAGUCCUUCGAGCAGAGAGACCCUUCACCCCACCCGGGGACUGCCACCGCACCCGGUGCACGCCCCCGGGUCCUGGUCUACCUCCCGUCCAACCAUGCGAUCCACUCCUACAACGACCUCCACCAGCGGCUGGCUGAGCUCGGCUGGACCCCUUACCGCAACCCUCACCGCUCGAACCACCUCCUCCAGUUCCACCGGUCAGAUGACUCCUCGGACCUCAUCUCUCUCCCGAAAAGCUUCGCCGACUUCAAGCCUAUCCACAUGUACGAUAUCGUUGUGAAGAACCGCUCCUUUUUCGAGGUCCGUCAACUUCCGGCGUAAUAUAGUCUGGGCCCCGUCGGCGACAGCCGCGCUACCACCGUAAUACGAAAUGUACUGCUAAUAUGCGCAAGUAUGUUGUAUCUCGAUAUAUACUCCCUCCGUCCCAUAUUAUUUGGACUUUUUCGAUAUUUGUGUCAGUUUUCAAUCAUUUGUAUUUUCCAAUAUAAAUCUCCAACAGUAUGCAA